AUGAAAUCCGUGUAGUAGUCAUCGUCGUGGGUGUAGAGAGAGAAAGCAGAAAGAGAGUUCUUUUUUUCUUCUGGUUCUUGGUUUGGUUUGUUGCUCUUGUUCUAGAGAGAGAGAGAGGGAUAAGUGCCUGCUCCUUCGGCAUUUCCGUCAGACAAAGUUAACACUUCCAAGACCGAUUAAUCAAUUCGCCCCUUCACCAUUCCCUAUUACAUGAACUCUCCCAAGAUUUUAAUUUGAAGCUGAAAGAAGAAUGGGAGAAAAUGAAGAAGCGAUGCAGAGGCUUCACUUUCUGAAGCAGCCGUUAAACAUGGAGCAACUUAGCAUCCCGCAAUUCAACCCCUCGCAAAUGCGCGCGAGGCAGCAUCAUCAUCAGAAUCAGUUCGACGGUGGGAACAGUAACAAGCGGGCGGGUAUACCACCCUCCCACCCGCACCCGAUCCCUCCCAUUUCCCCCUACUCUCAGAUCCCGGUGUCGCGUCAGCACAACAACAUUUCCCCUACACCCACCCACACCCGAUCACUCUCGCAGCCCUCGUUUUUCUCGCUCGACUCCCUCCCUCCCCUCAGCCCUUCCCCCUUCCGUGACUCCUCCUCGACUUCCGUGUCGGAAGCUGCUGACGUGUCCAUGGAAGAUCGCGACGUGAGUUCUCAUUCCCUGUUGCCACCCUCACCUUUCUCCAGAACACUCAACAACAGUAAUUUACCAUUACCCCCUCGUAAAGCGCAUAGACGCUCUAACAGUGACAUUCCGUUUGGGUUUUCCACCGUUUUGCAAUCCUCUCCGCCGCUUAUCCCUCUUCGGAACCCCGUUUCAGCGAAACCUGCUCAGUUAGUCAAAAGAGAAACACCGUGGGACAGGGGUGUUGAGAAUAAUAAUAAUAAUAAUGUAGAGGGGUCCGGGGAGAAGAAAUCCCCUGAAGGGGAAGUGGUGGAUGAUCUUUUCUCUGCUUACAUGAAUUUGGAUAGCUUUGAUGCGUUGAACUCUUCUGGGACAGAUGAUAAAAAUGGAGGCGAAAAUCGCGAUGAUUUGGAUAGUAGAGCGAGUGGGACUAAGACCAAUGGUGGUGACAGUAGUGAUAAUGAGGCCGAAAGUAGUGUUAAUGAGAGUGGGGAUGGUGGGGUGAGGCAGGGAGGGAAUGAGAAGAGGGAAGGGAUGAAGAGGAGUGCUGGGGGUGAGAUUGCGCCCACCACUAGGCACUAUAGGAGUGUCUCCAUGGAUAGUUUCAUUGGGAAGUUGAAUUUCGAUGAGGAGUCGCCCAAGCUGCCUCCUUCCCCCGGGCAGAGAAGUGCUCUGAUGUCGCCUGCUGGUGGAAUUGAUGGGAAUUCGGCGGCCUUCAGCUUGGAGUUUGGAAAUGGGGAGUUCAGUGGGCCUGAACUGAAGAAAAUUAUGGCCAAUGAAAAGCUUGCUGAGAUUGCCUUGAUCGAUCCAAAGCGUGCCAAAAGGAUUUUGGCCAACCGGCAAUCGGCUGCGCGAUCCAAAGAGCGGAAGAUGCGGUACAUUUCGGAGCUAGAACACAAGGUUCAGACUCUACAGACAGAAGCCACCACACUAUCUGCACAGCUUACUCUGUUACAGAGAGAUUCGGCUGGACUCACUAACCAGAAUAGUGAGUUGAAGUUUCGCCUUCAAUCCAUGGAACAACAAGCAAAGCUUCGAGAUGCUCUAAAUGAGGCGCUUACUGCUGAGGUUCAAAGACUAAAGCUUGCCACAGCUGAACUAAGUGGCGAUUCGCAUGGUUCUGGCUGUUUGAUUCCUCAACAUUCUGUCAAUCCUCUGAUGUUCCAGCAACAGCAGCAGCCUCCUACUGCAUCCCAACAAAACAUUCAUCUUCAACAGCAACAACAGCAACAGCAGCAGCAUCAGAAUGGUAAUGCCAACUCAAAUUCCGACUUAAAACAAUAGUUUGGGAAGGAGUUCCUGCAGCUGCAUGGUUGGUUCACUGCAGUCAGUUUCGCAUAUUUACAAAAAGGUUUUCCUUAGUUGUUAUGGUCUCAAGUUUGAUUUGCAUUAUUACCUGUCCAGCUCAGACAGAAAGUCCAUAUACAAGUUCUAAUUCCUGUCUUUUAUCUAAAUUAUUAUAGAGCAUAUUUAAUUUCAGUAUAUAUAUUAAAUUGUAAGCAUUAUUUGGACAUGAUUUGUUUUAUGAUGGCAUUUUAGAGAAACUGUUCAAUCUUUCUUUUUGUAAAGAAUGACCAUUCUGUUGUUGUGGAUC